AUGCCUGUAGCCAUGUGGGAUUUUAAGCAUUGUGAUCCCAAGAGAUGUUCCGGUGUCAAAUUAGCUCGUUGUGAUAUGCUCAAGACACUCAAAUUAACACAACGGUUCCGUGGUAUCGUUGCUAGUCCUAUAGGCGAAAAGGUGGUUUCACCAGCAGAUCGCAAAGUAGUUGAAUUAUACGGAGCCGGUGUGGUCGAUUGCUCCUGGGCUCGUGUAGAUGAAGUCCCAUUCUCCAAGAUCAAAGGACCCACCGAUCGUUUACUGCCUUAUCUAGUAGCAACAAAUCCAGUUAACUACGGCAAACCAUGGAAAUUGAACUGCGCAGAGGCACUGGCAGCCAUAUUCUACAUUACUGGAUAUCCCGAGCAUGGAGAAGCAUUGUUGGGCAAAUUUAAAUGGGGACACGCAUUCAAAAAGGUCAAUGGUGGGUUGCUGUCCAGAUAUUCCAAAUGUAAAGAUGCUGCAGAGGUGUUGGAAGUGCAGAAUGAAUACCUCAAGAAAUUAGAAGAAGAUGAACGCAUCAAAAAGGAGGAAUCUCUUGCUCAGCAAGACGGAGAUAGCGAGGAUGACGAUCUGCUCUUUAAGAAUCACAAUCGCGACAAUGCCUUUACUGCGUUUGCUGAUGACACCGAUGACUCUGAGGAGGAUUCAGACGAAGAAGAUUCAGAUGAAGAUAGUGAGGGAGAGGAGAACUCUGGAGAUGAAGAGAAAAACGAUGACAGUAUAGACUUGAUUACAGACAAUUUGGGAAACACUUAUAUUCGUAAUCAUUAA